AUGGAGGCCAACGCAGAGAUGCAUUUGGUCGCCGACGCCAGCGCAGCAAUUGAUGCUGGCCGAGUUGAUGAAGGGAAACAGAUGCUCGAAAAGGUGCUGCUCGAGAAAGCAGCACCAGAUGACGAGGCGUUCUUGACCGAGCAGAGCGCUGCGCUCUUGCGUCUAGGGCAGCUGCACCGAGAUCAAAAGGAUGCAGAAGCGCUUGCCGCAACUGUGCGCGCGUCGCGCCAAUUCAUGACGACGAUCGCCAAGGCGAAAACGGCCAAGCUCGUGCGCGUCCUCAUCGACUACUUUUUUGAUAUCCCCGGCAGCGGGAAUAUCCAGAUCGAGGUGACGCGUGAGAAUGCCGAAUGGGCGAAGCAGGAGAAGCGCAUUUUCUUGAAACAGAACCUGGAGACAAAACUGAUUGGGCUUUACUACGAGGCGCGGAUGUAUCGGGAAGCGCUGCCGCUGAUCAACUCCCUGCUGAAGGAGCUCAAGACACUAGACGACAAAAUGAUACUUACCGAGGUACACCUUCUCGAGUCCAAAGUCAACCACGCUAUUUCCAAUUUCCCGAAAGCCAAGGCUGCACUCACUGCUGCGCGCACCAAUGCCAAUGCAAUCUACUGCCCCCCCUUGAUGCAGGCGCAGCUGGACAUGCAGGGCGGAAUUUUGCACGCAGAAGACAAGGACUACAGCACCGCGGCGUCCUACUUUUUGGAGACGCUCGAAGGGUUUGCGUCUCUGGACGAUCCACGCACGCUCCUUGCGUUCAAAUACAUGCUUCUGUGCAAGAUUAUGCUAAACCAGCCGCAGGAUGUGGCGACGGCACUGGAAGGCAAGACUGUGAGCAAGUAUACGGGCAGCAGCGAAAUCGAGGUCAUGAAGGCCGUUGCGAAAGCGCAAACGGAGCGCUCCUUGGAAGAGUUUGAAAAGACGUUGCGCGAAUACAAGACCGAACUCUCCAAUGAUCCCAUCGUGCGUCAUCACCUCUCUGCGCUGUACGACUCGCUACUAGAGCAAAACCUGCUCCGUGUCAUCGAGCCGUACUCGCGCGUGGAGCUCUCGCAUAUUGCACAGAUGGUGCACCAGCCCGUGCGGGAAGUCGAGCAAAACCAAAUGAUUCUCGACAAGGUGUUCCAGGGUGUUUUGGACCAAGGUGCAGGCUGCCUCGUCAUCUACGAUGAGCCCGCUGAGGAUGAAACGUACGAAGCGACUCUCGGCACGCUGAAGCAAAUCUCGCAUGUCGUCGACAGUCUGUACGAAAAGGCCAGCAAGUUGACAUAG